AUGGCUCCCUUCUGGACAAACGUGCUGAACUACACGUACGCCCGCGGCUUCACCCGCAUCCCGAUUGUGCUGGCGCUGCCCAUCGUCUUCAACAAGUACAUCCUGUGCGCCUACGAGGACGCAUUCAAGCGCUGGAACGCCGGCCACAACCAGGUGGACAUCUGGAACCGCCUCCAGGCAAAGGUGGCUGCGGAAGCUGAGUAG